AUUGUGCUCGGUAUACCAAGAAAUACCCUGAACUCCCCUGUCCUGCAGCAUGCUUUGAGGGAAGAUCUCUGUCCCAGCUGCUCAGGUUAGCAGAGAAGUAGAUUGAGACCAGAGGCACCCGAAGAAGGACAUUAUAAAGAUCCAUGUGUGAUCAUCUUGAGAAAACCCCCUAAUAAUGUGUUUCCAUUCUUCCUCUGCUAAGACCCAGACUUGUUCAUUUUACAGCAUGAGAGCCCGUGUCUACUGUGAAAACUUUCUGUUCCCAAGAGUGUGCAGGACUGUGGCAGACCUAUGGUCGGUUUACUCCAAGCCUGUCCCAGCAAACGGCAGAGAGGUGUGGACCUUGUUUCUCCAGUGUUCCUGCAUUACAGGAGUGAUAGGAGGCCUCUUUUAUAACUGGAUGUUUGCUUCCCUGGAGUACUCCUGGCAUCUCUCCAUUGCAAUGGCUAUCUCCUUCAGUCUGCUCCUUCUCCUGACUCUUUUUUUGGUGCAUCCUGCACGUUGUGUCUUCAGCAUCAUCAUGCCUACGCUAGGUACCAAACAAGGCCGGAAGCUUCUCUUGUCGACCUGCAUUAUGAUAGUAGUGGUUAACAUAACACCCAACAUCAUAAGCAACAUUAAAACCAUACUGCAAGUUAUUAAGUGCAUCUGCAAGAAUUCCUCUGAGAGUCUUUUGAACUCAACUGCUCUGCUAGAGACAGUUACCUUGGAGUUUGGGGAUGCAAUCCAAGAAACCGUUCAUUCCAUUAAUGUUUACAAGCCUAUGAAUGGACAUUUUCAGUUUUCAUUGCUGAAGAACAGCUCUUUGAUUUACCAACAAAUGCAUCUUGCUGGUGAGAAAAUUGGGAGGGACUUUUUUGCUAUUGAGUUACUGGUCAAAGAUGCUGUACGAGUAGGCAACAAGCUGGUUGCUGGCUUCUCCAUGCUCUAUCUCUGUUUUCAGUCCACCUGCUAUUUGAAAAAUUAUCUCACCAACCUCCGCUUUGACAAUUUUUACAUCACCAAGAAGCUGGAGCGUUUAGCUGUGGACAGAAAAGCAGCUCAUCUGCUAGUGAGCUCAUCCAAAACCCUCAUUCGACCAACAGGCUUGAAGCUGUCCCGGGAAGAAGUGAUGCUGUGCCUUGUGCAAGCCAUGCUCCUCACUGUGGCCCUGAUGCUGAUGCUGGUGGUCGUGGCCAUGGACCACUUUGCAUUCAGCAUUGGAGACACUGCGGUGAGAAAGGCAUCUCAGUUCUCCGUGGUGCCUGUUGCUCUUAGCAUCAAAUACAGUGCUAAAAUAGGGUUUGUGCCCUUUCUUUCAAAAAUUCCAGGGAUUCCAUACCAAGAAACACCACUUCAGGACUUUGAAAAAAGCUACCACCAUUACCUGAUCUUCAGCUCUGCCCACUGCAGGAUCAGCCCCCCAACACCUCCCAACACCUCUGUGCUGCUCGUCAUGGGGCUGCUCUUCUGCAUCCUCUACACCACUGUAUUCCUGGAAACCUACGCGCAUCGCCUGUGCAGAACAAUUGCAGCCUCCUUCUUUGAGAGCUGGGAGGAGAAGCGAGUGCUUCACCUCUACAAGAAGCUCUCCAGGAAGCACCAGGAGGAGCAAAAUUGUGAGAGAAACUAAGGGUGCUUUUGGGAAUACAGGGGAUGCCUGAGAACUGUGGUAGUGGCAAGGCACAGGCUUCUGCCAUGGGAUUAUGCAUGUAAAUUCCUAGAGUCAGCGAAGUGUUUGGAAUCUGGGGAAAAAUAUUUCCCAAAAAAUAAGUGAAAUGUCACAUUUUGAAUUAAUUUGAGAAAAAUGGAUUCAGUAAUUCACUUUUUUAUUUUAAUCUAGAAGGUCUGGAGUCAGCUGUUCCAAGAAUGGUGGAAGAUAACUCAUAUGACUUUGAGGAUAUCUGCAGCAUUAGGGAAGGCUAGCUGGUAAAUAUGUGGGAGUUGGGGUGGGGGAAGAGCUCUUCCUUCCCCACCACUUCCAUGUUGGAAGAAGUACAGAGCGAGAAAGAAAACUCAUUUGAUUUCAUUAAUUUAAUUUUCAGGGAAUUUUUCUUUUCAGGUUUCAUGCACAGAAAGCUGGGUAGACUGGAUAAAUAUAAGCCUUUAGAUAUUAGUUUCACCUAAAAAAGUGUCAUUUCAACCCACUAAAAUGAAUUCAAGACCAAUAUGACCAUGAGAUGCACAUCCUGGACAUGUGUGGUGGUGGAAAUCAGCAUAUGAGGACUUUAUGGAAUCACUUGACAAAGGCUCUUUAAAAUAAAAUACAAAUAAAAUAGCUGGAGAACCUCAGAAGAGGAUGAGACCAGCCAAAGGA